AUGUUUCAAGAAGUUUCAAGAUGACUUUUUUGAACCAAACUUUGUUCAGCGAUGAGGCCCAUUUCUGGCUUAAUGGGUAUGUAAACGAAGAGCAACGUGAAGAGAUUCAAAAGCUGCCAUUUUAUCCAGAAAAAACAAGAGUUUGGUGUGUUUUGUGGGCCGCUGGAAUCAUUCUUCAAAAAUUAAGCCGAUGAGAACGUAACAAUCAAUGGCGACCGUUAAGGCCCACACAUUGGCGCCACUUCCCACACAUCGUAUCAGUCAAUGGAUUUAUUGAGAUAACAUUGUGGGCAGGCCGAUUGGCCACAAAGAUCGUGUGAUAUCACACCGUUAGACUUUUUCCUGUGGGGAUAUGUUAAGUCUAAAGCAUAUGUGGACAAUCACGGUUCGAUUCAGGACUUGGAGCAAAUCAUCACGCGAUUCACUCGUAUAUUUUUUAUUGAUAAAAAUGAAACAUGACAACCAGUUGAUUCGAGGAUUCUUAGAAACCUGAGCCCAUAUUAUUUUACUACCCAAUACUUGUCUGUGUUUGCAUAGUUAUGGCAUAAUAUUUUCAAUAAUUCAUAACUAGAUUUUGCUUUCUGCAGUUAAAAAUCCGUUAAUCGAUUAUCUGACUCCAAAUGAUAAUUUUCGUCACACUAAUUAGACACAGCAAUUGUUGAACAAUUAUAUAGCUUAGUAUAGGUAAACAAGUUUUGUGAAUUGAUUUUUUAUGAAAUUUAUUUUUAAAUGUUUAGUUUUACUCAAAAGUUGCUGGCGUAAUGACGGAAAUUGUCACGGCUUGUUUUCUAAAACUCCUAACUGUUUCGCUACUCAUAUCGUACUCCAGCGGUUUGCUAGUUGUUAAAACACUAAAUGUCGAGUGCUUUGGCGCAAGUUCCUAUAUUCGAAACAUUAGCUGUAAAUUGAAGCCGGUGAAUCGCGAUAAAUCGCUGCUUUAUAUGGACGCUGACGUAGUUAACACGCUUAAUCUAAGUAUCCACUUGCAAUUAUUGAAAAAGAACGACGCCAAUAAUUUCCAGCCAUUUAUGUUAAACAUCCGAGCUAGUGUCUGCGAUGUUAUGGACAACAAAAUAAGCUCGACUUAUAUCUCAAUCAUUAAGAAAAUUUUAAAAAAUACCACAAAUGUACUUCACCCUUGUCCCUAUACGGGUCACUUGAUGGCGAGCGGCUUGUAUUUUGAUACCAAACUUUUUCCAGUCAACCCGCCUUUGGGAAUAUAUAAAGCGGUCGCAAUUUUCCAUAACGGCGUCACAGGCGACUGGGUUGGUAAGAUUAUCUUCCAAGGAGAACUUCGAGAAGUGCAGCAUAAGAAAACUAGACCAGUGACUAGUUCUUGAUAAAUUGGCUUGGCUUAUAAAUAUGAAUAGACGAAUGUAGGCAAUUGAUUAUUCCAGUUGAUGUUUCGUGUUUUCGCAAUUUGUGUGCUUAAUAAAGAAUUUUUCUUUUGUUAUUGUGUUGUGUUAUAUUCUAAAUUUGUUGCCCAC